UUUUCUCAGACAUGGGUUUUGAAAGUCUCCAUCCACUGCGAAGGCUGCAAAAGAAAAGUCAAGAAAAUCUUGCAGAACAUUGAUGGGGUUUACACAACGAAUAUUGAUUUGCGGCAACAAAGAGUGGCCGUAACAGGAAAUGUGGACGCUGAAACUUUGAUUAAUAAGUUGGUGAAGGCCGGGAAACACGCAGAGCUUUGGCCGGACCAACACCAUAAUCAUAAAAAGCAAGGAAAAUCGGGUAAGAAGAAAGAGAAAAAAAACGACACUUCUGAAAGCCCUCACGAUCAAGAAAACGACAACAACAAUCAUGGUCAUUGUGUUGAGAAUAAUAAGGAAAAAGAGACCGUAAAAGUUGAAGUUUUGCAAGUUCAAGACCCGUCUAAAACUCACGAAAACGGCGAUAAUAAUAACAAUAACGGAGGUAGUACUUCUCAUGAAGGUGGGCAACCGGGAAAGCAGCACGGUUCGGGUGGACAGGUGAAGGAGCCAAAGGCUGAAGUUAAGCAGACGGUGACCGUCCACCCAGGUAGCCAGUCACCGGCGGUGGAGAAAAGUGAUUCCCCGGGGGUGGCCGAGACUAGUGCUAGCGGUGGUGGGAAAAAGAAGAAAAAGAAGGGGCAAAAGAGUAAUAACGUUAGCGUGAAUGAGGGCGAGCACAGUGGUGCUUACGAUGCGCCAGUGGGCAGCGGAUCGCAAAUUCCGGCUCAGGCCAAUCACGGCGCGCCAUGUCAUCACGAGCAUCAAAACCCCCAGCCUUACUACUCCCACCACCAUAAUGGCCCUCCGGUUUAUGGGGUGAGCUACAGUACGGCGCACCCUAGCGGAAGCUACAGCGCGUCCUAUUACGCCUCGCCACCACCUAAUUACUCGUAUUCCUAUAGGAGGUACGUGCAUCAAGGCGCGGUCAUCGAGACGGAACCUCAGCCGUAUGAUCACGAGUCUUACUCGCCAUCACAGCAGUCGGAUUCGUUCGAGCUGUUCAGUGAUGAAAAUCCAAAUGGAUGCUCAGUCAUGUGAAAUGACCACAUUAGCCAUAUUGAUGGAGAGGGUUAUUCUUCUUGUAUAAGUUGAUGCUGGGGGUAAUUUUGUAAUGAAUGUAGAUACGCGAGAAAUAUUGUAAUAGUUUGAAUUAGGAGAAGAAAAAUAACAAGAUGGGGGGGGGUUCUAGGAACGGGGAAGUGGAGUGACUU